UCUUUCUACCCUGCACUCAAAAAAGACGAUAUCAGCAUUCCGAGCUUGGAGCUCUCCCGCCCAAAAUGGCAGUAUAACGCGCAGCGGCGUCUUUAGCAUCGGCAACCACUGCAGUGCAUCGGCUAAGUGCACUGGCUUUAUUUGGCAUAAUGGCGUCUCCCGAUGCAAAACCCCUCAGCUCUGCUGCCGUCGACAGCAUACGACUCCCGCUCGACUUGUCGUCAUCGAAACCUCUCCUCCUUGUGUCCCUGACCCGUAGCAGCAGUGAUGUCGUCUCUGAGCUCGCAACUGGCGAUGGUGGACGCGGGGUCCCUGUUCUUGGGGCCCUCGCUUCUGAUGGAUGACCCUCUUGGGCCCCUUCUGGACGAUGAAGAGGAACCUCUGUCAGAGGGGUGUGCUUCACCCCACUCUUUCUCUUCCUAUGCUGACUCUUCCUCCUCCUCCUCUCCUUUCCCCUGUCUCUCUCCCCCUCACUCCCCUCCAGCCCUACUGGGAUCCAAGGCCGACCUGCUUCCUUCUCUGCCGUGGCUUUCAGCCGAUGAGCUGCUGAAUGCUCACAUAGACGUAGAGAAUAGCAAAGAGGAUGCUUUCUCUGGAAUGGACUGGAUGUCUGAGAAGAUCGACCUCAACGACCUGGACCUGGAAACGCUCAUUGGGUCCUACGAGUCACCCAGUUCUCCGGAGGAGCUCCUGGCCUCCCUGGAGUCCCACAUGGAUCUGGGCUUGGAUCCGCUGCCCUUCCCCGACGCCUCCGCCCCCAGCGACCUGGCUCUUUCCCUGCUCCCCGAAGACCCCAUUCCUCCCGUCACUAUCCCCCUCCCAGAACCAGAAGUAGUAGCCACCGUUCCUGAGCCUGCUGCCCUGGAAAUCGAGAUCAAGUCGGAGCCCGCCUCUCCCCUGCCGGCCACUUACACCCUUGAGUUGGGGAGCGAGGUCGAUAUCUCGGAGCUGGAGAAGGUGGUGUCCCCGGUGGUGGCUGCCGUGACCCCUGAUGCCCUUCAGGCCCCCAGUAUCGUCCUCUCCCUCUCUCCAGCCCACAUCGUAGUGGUUCUGGCCAGCCCCAAGGAGGAGCUUAGCUCCAUGCUCAGCUCUUGCGAGGAGCAGUCAGACAGCGACAGCGGCAUCGGCUCAGUCGUCGGUUCCCCUCCUCGCCAGGCGAGCCCACCCCCCUCUCCGAGGCCCGGCGGUUCCUCCAGAACGAAGCCCUAUUCCAAGCCGGACCCAGACACCGCCGACUCUCCCGUCGGCGGCAAGGUGAAGACCGUGUCCGGGGCGCCCAAGGUGGUGGAGAAGAAGCUGAAGAAGAUGGAGCAGAACAAGACCGCUGCCACCCGCUACCGGCAGAAGAAGCGCGUCGAGCAGGACCAGCUCCACUCCGAGUGCACGGACCUGGAGAACCGCAACCGUGAGCUGGCGGAGAAGGCCGACUCGAUCAGCCGUGAGAUCCAGUACCUGAGAGACCUGCUCGAAGAGGUGCGCUCUGCCAAGACCCGCAAGCCCAAGGGCAGCACGGCCUAGAACCAGCAGGGGAAGACGAGGGGAUUGUAGAGAUACUCAUGUGUGGAUCUGGGAGAUUGAGAGUGGAAGCAUCAGUAUGCUGGUCUCCCAGUCCUGCAUUCAUCCCCUUGUUGUCACCAUCAGUUGGUAGAUUUGUGUCCACAUACAGCUCUUGUAAUCAAGAUGAUAGACAUAGUGGCGUAACCUAGUGGAGUAAUUUGACAGAUAACCCUGUGAUGUUAGAAUCUUGAGUAACCCAUGUUAAGUGUAAGCAUUCACAGUAACACAAACAUACAUGAACAUCCUCCUAGCCCCUGUAGUCUCAUUUCAUUCAGUCUUUCCCUCUCCUACUUUCAUCUGAGAAGCAGCUGAAGUCCUCACACGUCCAGUAAGGGGCCUAAUGAUAAUUGUGAAAUUGUUACACACUGAAAUCCUUCAGUUUUUUUGUACAUAGGCUUAAAUGCUUUUGUGUGGAUUUUAUUUAAUAUUCUAUUACCACUUUCAGGGCCAUGUUUUCCGCGUAGUUGUGUUGGCUUGUAUAAUGCUAUAUUGUUUUCUAUUAAAGCUUUAUUGAAAUGCA